AUGUUGAAGGACAAAACGUCGAACGAUCCAAAACGUGCAGCGUGCACAGCCAUCACCAUCUUCCUCCUCUUAGCGGGUGUCACUCUCCUCGUGCUCUGGCUGGUCUACCGUCCACACAAGCCCCGCUUCACGGUGAUCGGCGCCGCCAUCUACGGCAUCAACGCCACCACCCCACCGUUCAUAUCGACCACCAUGCAGUUCUCCGUCCUCAUAAAGAACCCCAACAGGCGUGUCUCCAUUUACUACGACAGGUUCUCCGCCUUCGUCUCCUACAGGAACCAGGCCAUAACGCCGCAGGUCCUGCUGCCGCCGCUGCACCAGGGCAAACACACCUCGGUGUCGGUGUCGCCGGUGAUCGGAGGGACUCCGGUUCCGGUAUCGGUGGAGGUGUCGAACGGGUUGAUGGUGGACGAGGCAUAUGGGGUGGUGGAGCUGACGCUGAUAUUUCAGGGCAGGGUGAGGUGGAAGGCUGGUGCCAUCAAAACUGCACACUAUGGACUGUACGUGAAGUGCGAUGUGUUGAUGGGUUUGAAGAAAGGGUUGGUGGGUCCAGUUCCUCUCCUCGGAGUUACACCCUGCGAUGUCGAUGUAUGA